UCACCCAAUACACACGAGGACCUCUAGCUACCAGAUCUUAAUUGUGCUUCCUUGUUGCAGCCAUGGCAAAGUAUGUCCAGAGUGCUCCUGUUAGCAAUGAAGCAUUGCAGCACAAGGAGUUUCUCUUGGACAGCUUGUACAUGGAGCAACGUACCGAACUGAAUACCAUGGAGACCAUCAUAUUGGAUUCCAAUCUUCCUCAAAGGUUUGGCUGCAUUGCGGCUACUGAUUACGCCAUAUAUGAUGGCAUUGGCCUCGACAAGAAGCUUGUUGCGCGUGCACAGGGGCUAAAUAUGGCGGUUGGUGCAACAAAUGGAACCUGGUCGUUCUGUUUUAACAUGGUGUUCGUCGAUGAGAGGUUCACGGGCUCUAGCCUUAAGGUGCUUGGAAAUUUGGCAGAACCGUAUGAAGGUGAAUGGGCAAUCCUUGGAGGGACGGGUGAAUUUGCCUAUGCACAAGGUGUUGUAACCUUCAAGAAGAUCCAAGAAUUUGAAAACGGGAAAAGUAGGUUAAGGGAGCUUCAGAUCCGUGCCGUGUGCGUCAAAUUCUCGUCGUCCCUGUCAUUGCCUGUAAAGAUGGGGCCAUGGGGCGGAAACGGAGGCUCCAUUCAAGACAUGACCACAGGAAAACCGAUGCGCCUAGAAAGUGUGACAAUUCAUAGUGACAACAGCUGGAUUGUCUACUCCCUUGCAUUUACUUAUAUUGACAAACUUGGGAAGAGGCGCAAGGAGGGUCCUUGGGGUCCUGACAAAGGAACCAGUCAAACUAUUGAGUUUGGGCCUAAAGAGUAUGUGAGGGAAAUAUCAGGGACCAUUGACACUGUCAUAUCGUCACUUGUUAUCACGACGAACUUCAAAAAGUAUGGACCGUUUGGGCAUGAGAAGGGUAAUCGUUUCAGUGCUACUGUGCCAGAAAAUACAUGUGUUGUGGGAUUCUUCGCCAGGACCGGGAAUGCUCUAGAUGCCAUUGGUAUUUACCAUGGCCCCAUUGUGGUUUGAAAUGGUUUCGUUGUUGUUUUGCUUUAGCUUACGGCAGUCUCAUUCCAAAGUGUGUUAGCUCCACCGUUUAUUUUCCAACAAUAACAUGGCUAGGGUCAUCGAUCCUUGCCUCUAGCUAGGAUCCAUGUCGAUCUAGUGCAAGAGUAUUUUGUUUAAUUUGUCACCUACUGUAUUCAAUCUACAAUAAAUGAAGAGAUGCAAGGUUUGUUUUCUAAUGAAAUAAUCA